AUGGGUAUCGGAUCGCUAGACGCAGUUAUGAAAGAGUCUGUUGAUCUGGAAAAUGCACCAAUGGAGGAAGUGUUUCAGCAUCUCAAGUGUACAAGAGAAGGUCUGAGCUCCGAUGAGGUUCAGGAGCGGCUGGAGCUGUUCGGGUACAACAAGCUUGAAGAGAAGAAGGAGAGCAAAUUCCUCAAGUUCUUGGGGUUUAUGUGGAAUCCACUUUCGUGGGUCAUGGAAGCUGCUGCUCUGAUGGCCAUUACUCUUGCACAUGGAGGGGGGAAGAGUGCAGACUACCAUGAUUUCGUAGGCAUCAUACUGCUGCUCAUAAUCAACUCCACUAUCAGUUUCAUAGAGGAAAACAAUGCUGGCAACGCAGCUGCUGCUCUCAUGGCUCAGCUGGCACCGAAAGCCAAGGUCCUUCGAAGCGGGAGAUGGAGCGAGGAAGAUGCCGCCGUUUUGGUGCCUGGAGACAUUGUCAGCAUCAAGCUUGGUGAUAUCAUUCCCGCUGAUGCCCGCCUUCUCGAAGGAGACCCUUUAAAGAUUGAUCAGGCUGCUUUGACUGGAGAGUCGCUUCCUGUGACCAAGAGUCCUGGAGAUGGAGUCUACUCCGGCUCAACCUGCAAGCAAGGAGAGAUAGAGGCAGUAGUGAUCGCGACUGGUGUCCAUACAUUCUUCGGGAAAGCAGCUCAUCUUGUUGAUAGCACAAACAAUGUUGGCCAUUUCCAGCAGGUUCUGACAGCAAUUGGAAACUUCUGCAUUUGCUCCAUUGCUAUUGGCAUGGUGAUCGAGAUCGUGGUGAUCUAUGGCCUGCAAAAGAGGGCAUACCGAGUUGGGAUCGAUAAUCUGCUAGUUCUGCUGAUCGGUGGGAUCCCAAUAGCCAUGCCAACUGUUCUCUCAGUCACCAUGGCGAUUGGAUCACACCGCCUGUCUCAACAGGGCGCCAUAACGAAAAGAAUGACCGCCAUCGAAGAAAUGGCAGGGAUGGAUGUUCUCUGCAGUGAUAAAACAGGAACUCUGACACUUAAUAAACUUUCUGUAGAUAAAACCAUGGUUGAGGUUUUUGCAAGGGGCGUUGACAAGGACAUGGUCGUGCUUAUGGCUGCGAGAGCAUCAAGGCUGGAGAAUCAAGAUGCCAUUGAUACUGCAAUUGUUUCCAUGUUGGGAGAUCCCAAGGAGGCGCGAGCUGGGAUUAGAGAGAUCCACUUCCUUCCGUUCAAUCCAACUGACAAAAGGACUGCCCUGACUUACUUGGAUGGGGAAGGCAAAAUGCAUAGAGUCAGCAAAGGUGCACCAGAACAGAUCCUCAACCUAGCCCAUAAUAAAUCGGAGAUCGUCAACAAGGUCCACUCGAUCAUCGACAAAUUUGCAGAACGCGGAUUGAGAUCACUUGGAAUUGCCCGCCAGCAAGUUCCUGAUGGGAACAAAGACAGCGCUGGUGGUCCAUGGGAAUUUGUUGGCCUUCUUCCUCUCUUUGAUCCUCCUCGCCAUGACAGCGCCGAAACGAUCAGGAGAGCUUUGGAUUUAGGAGUAAGUGUGAAGAUGAUUACAGGUGACCAGCUCGCCAUUGGUAAAGAGACGGGAAGAAGACUCGGCAUGGGAACAAACAUGUACCCGUCUUCAGCUCUCCUUUCCGAGAGCGGAAGCGAAGCAACUGGGUCUCUCUCCAUUGAUGAACUCAUUGAGAAAGCUGAUGGCUUUGCCGGAGUCUUCCCUGAACAUAAGUACGAGAUCGUGAGGAGGCUUCAAGCUAGAAAGCACAUAUGCGGCAUGACUGGAGAUGGAGUGAACGAUGCACCUGCCUUGAAGAAAGCCGAUAUCGGUAUUGCUGUGGCGGAUUCAACCGAUGCUGCAAGAGGCGCUUCUGAUAUAGUGUUGACGGAGCCUGGUCUUAGCGUCAUCAUUAGCGCGGUGCUCACUAGCCGAUCUAUCUUCCAGAGAAUGAAGAACUACACAAUUUAUGCAGUGUCCAUCACCAUCCGUAUAGUGCUGGGAUUCAUGCUGCUAACUUGCUUCUGGAAAUAUGACUUCCCACCUUUCAUGGUUCUUGUCAUCGCCAUUCUUAAUGACGGUACAAUCAUGACCAUAUCCAAGGACAGAGUGAAGCCAUCCCCAGUUCCCGAUAGCUGGAGGCUCAGUGAGAUUUUCGCCACUGGAAUCAUCUUGGGCGGCUACUUAGCCCUCAUGACCGUUGUUUUCUUCUGGCUUGCAUACGAAACCGAUUUCUUCACGAAGCACUUCCAUGUAAAGAGCUUCCAGAAGGAAGACUACGACCUCACAAUCAAAGCAGUUGCUGAUAAACUCAACCAGCAGCUAGCCUCAGCAUUGUACCUCCAGAUUAGCACCAUCAGCCAAGCUUUGAUCUUCGUCACCCGCUCCAGAGGAUGGUCUUUCCAGGAACGCCCUGGCUUUCUGCUUGUCUUCGCCUUCCUCAUUGCCCAACUCAUCGCAACGGUGAUCUCGGCGGAAGCGAACUGGGAAUUCGCGGGAAUCAGAAGCAUAGGGUGGAAAUGGACUGGAGCGAUCUGGGCUUUCAACGUCGUCACUUACAUGCUGCUUGACCCCAUCAAAUUCAUGGUCACGUACGCACUCAGCGGCCGAGCAUGGGGGCUGGUUGUGGACAAAAGGACUGCGUUUUCAAACAACAAAGACUUCGGAAGGGAAGCGCGAGAAGCAGCAUGGGCGACGGAGCAGAGAACCCUCCACGGCCUUCGAAACGGCAACGACAUGAAAAUGUUCUCCGACAAGAGCACUUACAGGGAGAUCAGCUUGAUGGCCGAGGAAGCGAGGAAACGGGCCGAGAUCGCGAGGAUGAGGGAGCUUCAUACUUUCAAAGGAAGGGUCGAGUCGUUCGCCAAGCUCAGGGGAUAUGAUAUCGACUCCAUGAACCAACACUACACUCUCUGA